CCUCGCAGUGUGUGCGCAUCGUUCAUCGUGGUUCAUAUGUCGCGAUCCGAUCAUGUUCGAUUUGUCUGAAUAAACCAUGUUUCUUUGCACAGUCAAUCAGUCAUUUGUCAUUGUCAUUGUUUUUCAUCACACUCAACAUUACAUGGCGCAGUCGUUCGCGGUCGCGAGUUUAAAGUGAUCGUCCGUGAAGCCGAAAAGCGUGAGUGUCAAUCCACGUGAUGGCGUCGAGCCUAAAACCGCCAAAGCCGCUCGUGCUGACUGGUAACCUAUCCCAAAACUGGAAAACGUUUAGACAGGAAUUUGAGCUCUAUCUGACGGCCUCUGGCCAACGGAAACGUAAAAGUGGUGAAAAAGUAGCUUUGCUUCUUCACAUAAUUGGUGCCGAUUCUCGUGAAGUGUACUACACGCUGGGAAGCACAGGCACUGAAGAUGAAAGUGAGGGUGAGGAAACGCUCGAAACAUUGUAUGAUAAGUUCGAGAAAUAUUGUAAUCCCAAGAAGAACAUCCUCCACGCACGUUCCCUUUUCUACUCACGAAACCAAAAGGUAGGGGAAUCCUUCGACAGUUUUUAUAAUGACCUCAAAAAACUGGCUAAAGAUAGCGAGUUUGAAAACAUCAAAAGUAGUCUGAGAGACCGUCUAGUAUUUGGCUCAAACGACACCGUCAUUCAAGCAAAACUGAUCAAAGCUGGUGAUGUUUCUCUAGAAGAUACUGUAGAGCGUUUAAGGAUUGCGGAAAUCACGAGACGCCAAACCUCUGAAGCCCUCGCCAAACCGCAAGAAGUUGCUGCGGUAGAAGCUCAAAAACCUGUGUAUCGCAAGUCGUACCCUAAGUCUCCAAAGCCUGGUACAAAGUAUCAACCCAAGACGCAAACCCCGGAUCAACAGUCUCACGCUACAGGUGAACUCAAGAAGAUCGAUUGUAAAUGGUGUGGCAAGCAACAUGUGCGGGAUAAGUCGCUGUGUCCAGCCCAAGGCAAGACGUGUACCCGCUGUAAAAAGCUGAAUCAUCUGGCAGAAGUUUGCAGAAGUAAACAAGUUGCGGAAGUUCGAGUAGAGCCAAGCAGUGCAUAGAGUUCUCAGCAUCCAAUUAUUUGGUCCUUAUUGACUACUACUCUAAAUGGAUCGAGCUAAUAAAACUUCCUUCAAAAACA